GCAGUGGGUGAGUGUGGGGGAAAGGCUUUUAUCCUUUUCUCCGUGCACUCAAACGCCUGCUGCGCCCCACGUUGGUGCAAAUUUAUUUCUUGGGAUCCUCGUGGUGAACUCUCGGGCUGGAGAUGGUAUUCCUGGGACUUUUAAAUACGAUUGAUAAGUUAGCAAGAUGUGGCGUUUGGGAAAAAACAAAACAAAAGUGUGAAGUAUAGAAAUGUAUUGUACAGACGUCUUAAGUAAAGUAGGUGUCCCGGGUAAAGGGAGCUCCAAGUGCCUAUCUAGAGCACUAGACCUGGAGGUGGGGCUAUGCCUCCCUUGCAGAAAGCCUUGAAGAAAAUGAGUAAAGAGAUUUGAAAAAUUAAACAGUGCUUCCUAGAACCAUCAAGAAGGAAAAUGUCUGUGACACUGCAUACAGAUGUGGGAGAUAUCAAGAUAGAAGUCUUCUGUGAGAGAACACCCAAAACAUGUGAGAAUUUCUUGGCUCUUUGUGCCAGUAAUUACUACAACGGCUGUGUGUUUCAUAGAAAUAUCAAGGGCUUCAUGGUUCAAACAGGAGAUCCAACAGGUACUGGAAGAGGAGGUAGCAGCAUCUGGGCCAAAAAGUUUGAGGAUGAAUACAGUGAAUAUCUGAAGCACAAUGUUCGAGGUGUUGUAUCUAUGGCUAAUAAUGGCCCAAAUACCAAUGGAUCUCAGUUCUUCAUCACCUAUGGCAAGCAGCCACACUUGGACAUGAAAUAUACAGUGUUUGGAAAGCUUCUUCGACCCACAAUUGUACAAGUUUCAGUCCAUGAUGAUUUGUUCCAGUGCUUUGUCGUGUUUAGCGAAUCAUGGAAGCAUGUGGUGUACCAACGCUGUUCACUUCAUGGCCAAGAAGCAAAAGAAAGAGGAAAAGAUACAGUCCCACAAUUCCCCUUAAGAGCAUAACCCUGCCAGGUGUGGUGGCACACGUCUUUAAUCCCAGCACUCGGGAAGCAGAGGCAGGCAGAUUUCUGAGUUCGAGGCCAGCCUGGUCUACAGAGUGAGUUCCACAACAGCCAGGGCUACACAGAGAAACCCUGUCUUGAAAAACCAAAAAAAAAAAAAGGCAUAACCCUAUGACCCAAACAAAGACCUCCCUCCAUGCACCCCACCCCUGUCUCCUCCACCUCCGUGGGUGCGUGCGUGCUCAAGUGUACAGAUGAGAAUGUUCAUGAGUGUGAAAACCAGGUGUCUUCCUUAAUCUCUCACUGGUCUGGAGCUGCUUCAGCUAGCCAGCAAGCCCCAGGGAUCCUCCUGUGUCCACUCAGCCAGCUCUGGGAUUAUAGAUGCUAGGGUUAAACUCACACCCUCACACUUGCCCAGAAGCUAUCUCCCCAAGCCCUCGGCCCUAGCCCUUAAAGGCUUGUGCACCUCCCAGUAGCCCCAAACUGGGGACCAAACCUUCAGCAUGUGGACCUCUGAGGGACACUCAAGUUCCAAACCAAAGCAGCAAGUAAGUACACGUGUACUUGAGGUCACCCAGUUAUCGUGAGAAAGGCCUGGGGAGGUGUGUGUCCUAAGCCUCCUGAAUCAGGGCCACAGGACUGUCUUGGUCUUUUGUGCAUGAGACCAGCCUUUAUGCUCCACUUUGCCACUUGGGUCCAGGACACACAAUCCAACCAGGCCACAUGAGUGUAAAGGAAGGCAGAGGAGCGCACUCUCCUCUGAAGGCUGUAAUUGCUGUAGAUACUUUAUAUUUCAAGUGAGGGAUUUUUUACAUGCUGUGCUGU